ACGGAAGCAAAAUCUGUUUGCGGAGGAUGCUCAGUGAAAAUAUCCGCAGUGUUCUUAGCGCGAGUGUAGCGGUUUAAAACCCAUUAUUCUCAUAAUUAAAAUCUUUGUUAGUUUGUGUUAAUAUUGUUCACAUCCAAAGUGAUGUCUGACAGUGAGGAUAGCGACUUUUCAGAGGAGGAGAGGAGCAGCGAGGCUGAGGAGGUCGAGGAGAAUGAAGAGGAUGAAGGGCAGGGAAGUGUUGCUGGUAGUGACAAAGCUGAAGAAGAGGGGGAAGACUUGGAGGAAGAUGAGGAGGAGUACGACGAAGAGGAGGAAGAGGAUGACGACCGUCCAAGAAAGAAGCCUCGUCAUGGAGGCUUCAUCUUAGAUGAAGCUGACGUUGACGAUGAGUAUGAAGAUGAAGAUCAGUGGGAGGAGGGAGCCGAGGAUAUUUUGGAAAAAGCAGAGGAGGCUGAAGUUUCCAACCUUGAUCCUGUAGCUCUGGAUGAGGACCAUUCCGGUUCCCGCAGACUGCAGAACCUUUGGAGAGAUUCCAGAGAGGAAGCCUUGGGAGAGUAUUACAUGAGGAAAUAUGCCAAGUCUUCAGGAGGCGAACAUUUUUAUGGCGGAUCGGAGGAUCUUUCUGAUGAUAUCACUCAGCAACAGUUGCUCCCUGGUGUUAAGGAUCCAAAUUUGUGGACUGUCAAAUGUAAGAUCGGGGAGGAGAGAGCAACUGCCAUUGCGCUGAUGAGAAAAUUCAUUGCCUACCAGUGCACUGACACACCACUUCAGAUUAAAUCAGUAGUGGCCCCUGAGCAUGUGAAGGGAUAUAUCUAUAUAGAGGCGUAUAAGCAGACCCAUGUGAAAGCUGCCAUUGAAGGAGUUGGAAACCUGCGAAUGGGCUACUGGAAUCAGCAAAUGGUGCCCAUUAAGGAGAUGACUGAUGUUCUCAAAGUGGUGAAAGAAGUGACGAACCUUAAACCUAAAUCCUGGGUCCGGCUUAAAAGAGGCUUGUACAAAGAUGAUAUCGCACAGGUUGAUUAUGUGGAACCAAGCCAAAACACAAUAUCACUGAAAAUGAUUCCUCGAAUUGACUUGGAUCGAAUUAAAGCAAGGAUGAGCAUGAAAGACUGGUUUGCAAAGAGAAAAAAGUUCAAGAGACCACCGCAGAGACUCUUUGAUGCUGAGAAGAUCAGGUCACUUGGAGGGGAAGUUAGCCACGAUGGUGAUUUCAUGAUAUUUGAAGGCAACCGAUAUAGUCGCAAAGGCUUCCUGUUUAAAAGCUUUGCCAUGUCUGCUGUGAUCACAGAUGGUGUUAAACCAACUCUUUCUGAACUGGAAAAGUUUGAAGACCAGCCUGAGGGUAUUGACUUGGAAGUGGUGACUGAAACAACAGGUAAAGAGCGAGAGCACAACCUCCAGGCUGGGGACAAUGUGGAGGUGUGCGAGGGAGAGCUGAUAAACCUUCAGGGGAAAAUUCUCAGUGUAGAUGGCAGCAAAAUAACAAUCAUGCCCAAGCAUGAGGACCUGAAGGACCCUCUAGAGUUCCCAGCUCAUGAGUUGAGGAAGUACUUCCGUAUGGGUGACCAUGUGAAGGUCAUUGCGGGCCGUUAUGAAGGCGACACAGGUCUUAUUGUUCGUGUUGAAGAAAACUUUGUAAUUCUCUUCUCUGAUCUCACAAUGCAUGAGCUUAAGGUCUUGCCUCGAGACUUACAGCUAUGUUCAGAGACUGCAUCUGGGGUGGAUGCAGGAGGGCAGCACGAAUGGGGGGAAUUGGUACAGCUGGAUCCACAAACUGUGGGCGUCAUUGUCCGGCUGGAGAGAGAGACCUUUCAGGUGCUUAACAUGCAUGGAAAGGUGCUCACUGUGCGGCACCAGGCAGUGAAUAGACGGAAGGACAAUCGCUUUGCUGUUGCCCUGGACUCUGAGCAAAAUAACAUCCAUGUGAAGGAUAUUGUCAAAGUCAUAGAUGGACCACAUUCUGGCAGAGAGGGAGAAAUUCGUCAUCUCUUCCGAGGGUUUGCCUUCCUUCACUGUAAGAAGCUUGUUGAAAAUGGAGGCAUGUUUGUCUGUAAAACACGCCAUCUUGUGCUGGCUGGGGGUUCAAAGCCUAGAGAUGUGACCAAUUUCACUGUUGGUGGCUUUGCUCCUAUGAGUCCUCGAAUUAGCAGUCCAAUGCAUCCAGGAGGAGGGGGCCAAAUGCAGAGGGGAGGCGGCGGUGGAGGAGGGAUGGGGCGUGGCCGUGGAAGACGAGACAAUGACCUGAUUGGACAGACUGUCCGUAUAUCCCAGGGACCAUACAAAGGUUACAUUGGUGUGGUCAAGGAUGCCACAGAAUCGACAGCAAGAGUAGAGCUGCACUCAACCUGUCAGACUAUUUCUGUGGACCGUCAGCGUCUGACCAGCGUUGGUGCAAAGAGACAUGGAGGAAUGACAUCCACUCAUGGUCGAACUCCAAUGUAUGGUUCCCAGACACCAAUGUAUGGUUCAGGCUCUCGUACACCGAUGUAUGGCAGCCAGACACCCCUCCACGACGGAAGCCGAACACCUCAUUACGGCUCCCAGACCCCGCUGCAUGAUGGAAGCCGGACGCCUGGACAGAGUGGAGCUUGGGACCCCAACAAUCCAAACACACCAUCAAGGCAAGAUGAGGAUUAUGAAUUCAGCUAUGAUGAUGAACCCUCCCCGUCUCCUCAGGGUUAUGGGGGCACGCCUAAUCCUCAGACCCCUGGUUAUCCAGAGGUGCCCUCCCCCCAAGUCAAUCCCCAAUACAAUCCCCAGACCCCCGGAACUCCAGCAAUGUACAACACAGACCAGUACUCUCCAUAUGCAGCACCAUCUCCACAGGGCUCGUACCAGCCUAGCCCUAGUCCGCAGAGUUAUCACCAGGUGGCCCCAAGUCCAGUGGGUUACCAAAACACCCACUCACCAGCUAGCUACCACCCAACACCCUCACCCAUGGCAUACCAGGCAAGUCCAAGCCCAAGCCCGGUAGGCUAUAGCCCUAUGACUCCUGGAGCACCAUCCCCAGGUGGCUACAACCCUCACACCCCUGGCUCAAACAUUGACCAGACCUCCAGUGACUGGGUCACUACAGACAUCCUGGUGCGUGUCAAGGACACAUUUCUGGAUGGAGGAGUCAUCAACCAGACUGGUGUCAUUCGCAGUGUGACUGGUGGCAUGUGUUCAGUCUAUCUGCAGGAUACAGAGAAGGUGGUCAGCAUCUCGAGUGAACAUCUAGAGCCUGUGACUCCGACCAAAAACAACAAGGUAAAGGUGAUUUUGGGAGAAGACAGAGAGGCCACCGGUGUCCUGCUCAGUAUCGAUGGAGAGGACGGCAUCGUCCGGAUGGAACUGGACGAGCAGCUCAAAAUUCUCAACCUCCGCUUCCUUGGAAAACUGGAAGUGUGAACAAACGAACUCUAUACAGUGGCAGCGUGCUCACCAAGUUUUUUUUUUUUUAUUUUUUUUAUUUGUGGUUUUGUGUCCCAUCAUAGAGUUCAAUCAAAUAGUAAUUCAAAUGACUUGCUUUUUUUUUUUUUAGUCAGUGUUGUUUUAGUGGCUGUAGAUCAUCACCCAUGUCUUGCUUUCUGGAAAAUGGAUUCCAUGUCAAUAAAAAAAAAUUUUCAACAUGA